CAAGACCUUUUGCCCCGCGAUUUUGAAUCGUUCCGCGGAAGCUACUCGUCCGAGAUCGAAGAUUUCGAUGAAUUAGACGGCAAAAGGGAUCCCUUUUCCUUGGUUUCUUCUUUUGAUCCUCUGAUCGGGGGAUUCUGAUCGAGAAUUUUCUUCUUUUUCUCGGUGGAGUUCCUUCGAAGAUAUCGAAGGAUCGAGGUUUUAAUCGUUGGAUCUCCUUUGGAUGGGCCUGCCACAGCGCGGAGUUGGUGGGAUUUAACAGCCUCCUGAUCGGAAAGGUUCAGGGAGAUGGGGAGGGGUCUGCCACCGGGUUGGAAUGGGAUCUCGAGGUGAAUUUGGAGAAAUCUUGGCGAGGCUUUUCCUUCGUUUUGGCGCUUUGCUGCAAUUGUCUUAGGGUUUUGAGAGGACGGGCCGAAAGGGUGGUUUUAGAGUGGUAAGAAAUGAAUGAAGAGACCAGGACCCUUGUCUAGACUUUUGAAGAACACAAUGAAGUGCUUGUGUUCUGGUGAACAAUUACAAGUAGAUGAAAUGGUUCGGUCGUCUGAGUCCCUGGCCACCAAGGAGUGCUCAGCCGUACGUUAUUCAUGUCAAAAUGGUGAGACUGAGCAGAGGGUCGACACUGGAAACAUUGAAGAAGCUGAAUCAUCUCUUCGUGAAGGUCUCUGCUUAAAUUAUGAGGAAGCAAGAGCCCUGCUUGGAAGGCUAGAAUAUCAAAGAGGAAAUGUGGAAGCUGCACUUCGUGUUUUUGAUGGAAUAGAUCUUGCUUCGGUAGGCCCUAAGAUCAGAACUGCUAUUACUAAAAGAAUAGAACGCCGGAAGUUUCAUUCAAACUGGGAUUCAGGACCAAUGUCCAUACAUGCAGUUAGCUUACUUGUUGAAGCAGUAUAUCUGAAAGCAAGAGCACUGCAAGAUCUUGGAAGGUUUAAAGAAGCUGCUCAAUCAUGCAACAUUGUUUUGGACACUUUAGAGUCUGCAUUACCUGAUGGCUCACCAGGGAAUAUUACUGAUAAUAAAUUACAGGAGAUAGUAUGCAAGGCAGUUGAGUUGCUUCCGGAGCUUUGGAAGCUGGCUGGUUUCUCCCAUGAAGCCAUCUCAUCUUACCGGCGGGCCCUCCUUGGACACUGGAAUCUUGAUGCUGAUACUAUGGCAAAGAUACAAAAAGAAUUUGCUAUUUUUCUUCUUUAUGGAGGCUGCGAUGCAAGCCCUCCAAACCUUCGUUCUCAAAUGGAUGGUGCAUUUAUACCCAGGAACAAUAUGGAAGAGGCAAUUCUUCUGUUAAUAAUUCUAUUGAGGAAGUUUGCUCUCAAGAGAAUUGAGUGGGAUCCAUCUAUCGCUGAUCAUCUGACUUAUGCGCUAUGUGUCUCCGGGCAGCUAAGUUCUCUGGCCGGUCAGGUAGAAGAGUUGUUACCUGGUAUCCUAGAGAGGAAAGAACAGUAUUAUACUCUUGCGUUGUGUUACUUAGGGGAAGAUGAUGACCUUACGGCUCUGAAUUUGCUGAGGAAGCUACUGAGUGCUAGCGAGGAUCCAGAUUGUGUAAAAGCAUUGUUACUUGCUUCUAAAGUUUGUGGUGAGAAUAGUUUUUGUGCAGAGGAAGGGGUUUUGUUUGCACGCAGGGCGCUUGCCAAUGUCCAUGGUUGCUGUGAUCAAAUUGGAAGUGUAGCUAACUGUUUACUCGGCAUUUCUCUUUCAGUGCAGGCUAGAUCUUCUACCUCUGAUUCAGAAAGAGUUUCGAGGCAGUCCGAGGCACUUGAGGUGCUUGAAAAAGCUGAAAAAAUGAUUCCUGGAAAAGAUUAUAGGACCAUAUAUAAUCUCAGCUUAGCAAAUGCUGAACAGAGAAAGUUGGAUGCAGCACUUCGCUAUGCCAAGCAGCUUCUGAAACUAGAGGCUGGAUCAAAUGAGGCUGGAUGGAUUCUUUUAGCUCGAAUAUUAUCUGCUCAGAAACGGUUUGUUGAUGCGGAGACCAUUAUUGAUGCUGCUUUGGAACAAACAGGAAAGUGGAGCCAUGGAGAACUAUUGCGAACUAAAGCUAAAAUUCAGAUUGCACAGGGAAAACUGAAGAAUGCCAUUGAGACAUAUACUCAUCUUCUUGCCAUAAUUCAGUUGAGGACUAAAAGUUUUGGUGUUGGACUGACAUCAUUAAAGGGUGACAAAAAUGAUAGAAGUUUGGAAAUCCAGACAUGGCAUGACCUGGCUAAGGUCUACAUAAGCAUGUCACAAUGCAGGGAUGCUGAAGUUUGCUUAUCUAAACUUAAGUCUAUAAGUCCUUACUCUGCUUUAGGAUGGCAUGCUACAGGGCAGCUGCAUGAAGCACAAGGACUCCUUAAGGAAGCUCUAGGAGCAUAUGCUAAAGCAUUGAAUAUAGAGCCAGCCCAUGUCCCGAGCUUGGUUUCAACAGCAAUUGUUCUUAGACAUCUUGGUGAUCAGCCAUCGGUUGUCAUUAGGAGCUUCCUGACUGAUGCACUUCGGCUGGACCGGACUAACCAUGUUGCUUGGUUCAAUCUUGGUCUACUUUAUAAGGCUGAAGGUGCCAGAUCAGCACUUGAGGCCGCUGAGUGUUUUCAGGCUGCUGCCCUUCUUGAAGAAACUGCACCAGUUGAACCCUUCCGAUGACUUUUCUUUUGGAGUAGUUAACUCUGUAAGCUAUUGUAAACCUACAUGGCUACGUUAAGUUUCUGCAGUAUAUAGGACAUGCAGUUUGUGAAUUGUAGCAUGCUGAAAAUUGCGGUUUUUAAAGGUA